AUGGCCCGAAAUAUCUUCAAUCGCAACGCCAAACAUGUACAGGCGCAAGCGGCCCGGUCUGAGGCCCCUGAAUUCGAACCAGUUACGUGGUGGAAGGACCCUGGACUGAGGAAGUUGUACUUCUGGUGUGGUGUCUUGAUGAUGAUGUCUGCAUCGACAGGCUUCGAUGCGAAGCUUAUGAACACAUCACAAGUCAUGGAUCAGUGGCAGAGCUCCUUCAAUCAUCCUGCAGGGGGAAGACUCGGCCUCAUCGUUGCCAUUCUCGAUGUCGGAUCUCUUUCCAGUUUCUGGAUGGUCCCAUAUUUUGCAGACAAGUACGGCCGAAAAAUGCCCAUCAUUAUCGGUUGCGUCAUAGAGACCAUCGGCGCUUUCAUAGGAGCUUUAUCAAACAGCGAAGGAAUGUAUAUGGCCGGACGCUUCAUUCUCGGCUUCGGAAGCUCAUUCAACGGCGCCGGUCUCCUGAUAGCCGAGAUCGCGCACCCUCAGCACCGGGCCAAGAUCUCUGCCAUCGUCAACUGCAUGUACGGAGUCGGAUCGACCAGCUGUUCCUGGCUAGCCCUAGCGACCAUUCGGAUAAUGAGCGACUGGUCGUGGAGAUCGCUCACCAUACUUCAGGCGUUCCCCGGCAUCUUGGUUCUCUCGCUCAUUUACUGGAUCCCGGAGUCACCUCGCUGGCUAGUCGCCAAGGAACGUUACGAGGACGCUGAAAACAUGCUAUCCACGUACCACGGCAACGGGGAUAAGACAAAUGAGACAGUGGUAUUUGAGUUUCGAGAGAUGAAACAGACGUUGGCUCUUGAGUUCCAGGAUAAAAAGUCCAGCAGCUACUUCGACUUUGUUCGGACUGCGGGCAAUAGGUAUAGGGUUGUGUUGUUGAUCUCACUGGCGAUGGUGUCUCAGUACAGCGGUACAAAUCUCUUCUCCAACUACGCCAACAAAAUUUACGAGGGUGCUGGCAUUCGCGAUCAGACAAACAAGGUUCUGCUCAGUGGCGGCCAGACGCUCUUGUCUCUCGUCGUCUCGGUAUCCUUCUCAUUGUGCAUAGACCGAUUUGGUAGAAGACCACUAUUCCUCACAGCCACCACGGGAAUGGUGCUCAUGUACAUGGGAUGGACCAUCAUUAGCUCCCAGUUCGAGCGUACUCACGACCUUGCCCGAUUUGGGUACCCCCAAAUCGCCUUCAUCUGGCUCUUCAGUCUCUCGUAUCAGAUCGCGUGGACCGGGGUCAUGGCAGCCUACGCGUUGGAGAUCAUGCCAUACAGUCUCAGGGCGAAGGCCGGCGUCAUAUCAACUAUUUUUGUCAAGGGGUUGAUCGUCCUAGGAAGCUAUACCAACCCUAUUGCUUGGGAUAACUUCACAGCAGCCGGUCAUGCAUGGACACUGGCCAUGUUCUACACUAUCCUGGACUUCUGCUAUCUCUUGUUCGUGUAUUUCUUCUACCCAGAAACAAAGAAUCUCACUUUGGAAGAAGUCGCCAAAGUCUUCGACGGCGAUGAGGCAAAGGUUGCAAGGAUGCAAAUGGAGGACGUCAAGAAUCAAGUGGAAGAAGAAAAGAAGAGGCAGAGUCACGUCGAAGUCAUCGCCCUCUGA